GCGGUGCGCCACUCCGCCUGCAAACCCAUCCUCCCUCCACAAAUUAAUCAGUUACAACCGGAGGGGAAAACAGCACCGUGCACGGAUUCCACUGUAAGAUUUUGUUUGGUUUUGAAGAGCAUGGAGUAAAACCACUGCCAUGUCGCUGACACGCCGAGCCGAGGGGGGGAUGUGAGGAUGCAGUGACAGCUCGGUGGACGGAGCAGCUCGGCGCUCCAUGCCAGCAGAGAGGGCAUCAUGAAGACAGCAGCGAGGAGAAAUUAAGCAAAAGCAAAAAAAAAAAAAAAAAAACAUGCGCGCCGCUCAAAGUUUGGCCGUGUCGUCUGCAAGAGUGACCCCGCAAACCUCCGUCCCGCACCAGCUUGACGAGCAAUGAGCAUGAAUUGAACGAAGAAUGCAUGUCGUUUGGGAUAUUUCUCUGAUUUUUCAAGCAUAUUUCAUCUGCUCGUCAUCGGCUCAGCCUAUUUCAUCCAAGCUUCAUGAGGGUUGGUGGGCGUAUAAGGACGUCGUCCAGGGAAGCUUCGUUCCAGUCCCAUCGUUCUGGGGUCUGGUGAACUCGGCCUGGAACUUGUGCGCCAUGGGCAAGAGGCAGUCGCCCAUCGACAUAGAAACCAGUCACAUGAUCUUCGACCCCCACCUGACGCCUCUGAGGCUCAAUACAGGGGGACGCAGGAUGGGAGGUACCAUGUACAACACGGGAAAGCAUGUGUCCCUUCGGCCAGACAAGGCCCACCUGGUGAACAUCUCGGGGGGGCCGCUGGGCUACAGCUACCGGCUGGAAGAAGUCCGCCUCCAUUUUGGGAGUGAAGACGCCCAGGGCUCAGAGCAUCUCCUCAAUGGACAGGGCUUUCCUGGAGAGGUUCAGUUGAUCCAUUAUAACCAGGAUCUGUAUGCCAACUACAGUGAGGCAGCCAAGAGUCCUCAUGGCAUCGCUGUGGUCUCCAUCUUCAUAAAGCUCUCGGAGAACUCCAAUGCCUUCCUCAACCGCAUGCUCAAUAGAGACACCAUCACCAGAAUCAACUACAAACACGACGCGUUUCUACUGAUGGGCCUGAACAUAGCCGACUUGUAUCCUGACACCACGCGUUACAUCACUUACGAGGGCUCUAUCACCAUCCCUCCCUGCUACGAGACGUCCACAUGGAUCCUCAUCAACAAGCCUGUCUACGUCACACAGAUGCAGAUGCACUCUCUGCGUCUCCUCAGCCAGAACGAGCCCUACAAGAUCUUCUUAAGCAUGAGCGACAACACGCGGCCCACACAGCCUCUGCUGCAGCGCUGCAUCCGGACCAACAUCAACUUCAGCAAGCAAGGCCGCGACUGCCCCAACAACCGAGCCCUGCGGCCACAGUACAGGGUGAACCAGUGGCUGCUGAAGUAGAAAGAUUAAAAGAUGUCAGUCUACCGUGCCGCGAGAGGAGAGGGCAGAAUCCAUCGAGUCUUUUUCACACUGCCAAACCAAGCUGAGCUGAACUGAGCUGAGAUGAACUUAAGUGAUAUUGAAUGGCUCUGCUGAAUUGAGCCACAUCGACCCGAACUGAAUGGAAAGUAAAAGAGCCGUGAUACACUGGAAAACAGCCCGAGCCCGAAUCAGCUGAACUGAUUUAACUCAAUAACAAUCCACUGCGCUGGCCCCCGAAAACAUCCAGGACACUUUGUGAAAGCUGUGGAUCACGACGCCCGUGGGCCAGCACAGUGACGAUCCACGUCGCACUUUGUGAAGUAUGAUUUGUGAAGAGGACUGCAAGGACUCCUCACACACUGUACUGUGUUUUUAUUCCGAGUUCGCGGGACUCUCAGCAUUAUUCUGUGGCUAGCCUCCGCCAGACGGACAGACGUCUGCGCCGCAUUCAAAUCCUGGCUAGUGAAGGCUAAGCACUAACCCCCUUAUGACAGUUUCCAGCCAUUAGCCUGAUGGUUUAUAAAGUUUCCAUUCAAGCUGUGGACCGCAGGGACACUGCUAGUGGCUGAGAGGCUGGUGUGAUAUGAGGUUUUGCAUGCGGUUGCAUAAAGCAUCUACAUGUUUGUCCUUAACAUUUCACUUAAGGUGCUGUUUUUUUUUUCCUUUUGCUAAGAACACCGUAAAUGAUUUCCUGAGGAGAGGUAAAAGCGGUUCACUGGAAAUUUCGCCUCGAUGCCAUGAUAACCGCCUCAGUGUAUCAACUUUGGCCAGAUUUCUCAGUAGAUAACUGUUGUGAAACUGCCACAACCUGGCUCCCUGCUAUACGCAAAGGCAUCCAAAAGCAGUGAGUUUCCCAUUAACGUGAAGAGGAGGGGUUCAGUAUGUUGUUUUUUUUUUUUUUUUCCUCUUCCUAAUUAUGAUGUCGGAUUCCGCAGCGGAAAAGUGAUGUUGAUCUAUUCCCAAUUAACCUGUGCUGCUACUUAAAAAUAACAACUUGCUAGGUAAUAGUUGUGUCAUAUCUGGUUUAUUAAUGUUGUCCUGGUUAAAAAUAAGCAGCACUACAGACAAAACAAUUAUUAGGGAGCUCAGAGCUGAUUUCACUUAAGGACGUGACACACCAAGCGGGUGGUCGGCCAUCGGCCAAUGUUUGGCCAUUGGUAAGCAUCUUUGGCCCUGCGUUUUGUGGUUUGUUGGCACAAGUUGAACCCAUGUUGGCGGCUUAUCACAAGAAGAGAAAUGGGAUUAUUUUUCAACUUUGCCUCCUCCUUUCUUCUUCCACCACCAAAAGACCAAGGGCUGACAGUGCCAGUGCCAUUUGGAACUUCUUAUCAGACAUGUUCUCGAUUAGGAGGAGCCAGAUUACAAAGCCGUCUGCGGUGAGCGACUAAACAGUCGGCUUUUGUUGCCGCUAGUUCUUUUGUGUUGGUUUGAGGUGUCUUGGCCUUUAGUCCAGGCUUUGCGGACACUGUAACUUAAUAUUCACUCCGGCAUUUCCCAAAGUAGGCUAUAUCACCUCGCGCAGAUGCGAUCGGGACAUUUUGAUACCGUUCCUCAAGAAAAAAAAACAACUCAGCCGUGGUCUGUGACUCAAGUAUUUUUCCUCAUUGCCAUCACUAAGGAGGCUUACGCAAUGGAUAAAAGACUUUAAGAAAGUCCUCAGUGCUUUGAAGUGCGCUUGAGGAUAGCACCUUAUUUACUCAGUACUUUACUUAAGUUCAGUUUGUGCAACAUAUUUUUCCCAAGGCGAUCAUAAGCAAACUACUGAGGAAAAUAUUUCACUUAAGAUGCUUUAUGCAACCGGGCACUGAUAUCAGAUGCUAAAUCAAGAACUUUCACACCAGUAAACUGCAGAUAACUUUGACAGGGGAUUUCAGGUGAUGUGGUUAAAGGGAAAGAAACAGGGAGAAAGAAGACACAGUGACAUUUUACAGAGCUGAAACAGACAGGAACAGUGCAGAGCUUAAAGGGAUAGGUCACCCAUUUUGCAUUAUUUCACAUUAAGUUUGAAGAAGCUAAUAAAACAGCAGCGAUGGAAUCCACUUUGCAACAGGUCCAUGCUUUGCCCCGCGACACAGAGCGCAGCGCUUCUUUUCAGCGACCCCAAAAAACAGCAUUGUUGUAAUAACGCGGUAAUAAUGUGAUAAUAAUAAUGUAAUAAUGCUGCAUUACUAAUAACUUCCCAAAGUUUAAUUCCUUUUUCCUUCAUUUUAAAAUAACAUAACACAUUUUGCAGUAACUUACAACAUUUGUAAUAAAAACCUUGAAUCCAGUAUGUAGUAAAUUUUCCAACAUUUUGCAAUAAUAAGAUCUGAGGUCUGUCUACAGAGUGCAGGAGAGGGGCUGGCCGUGUAUUAUAAGCAGUUCCCUCACUUUUCCCCCACCCAUCUCCCACAUUAGCGUAUGUAAUAAAAUCCAUUGCAAGGCAUUACAAAAUUCAUGAAAAAUUACAUUUCGUGUUCAAGGUUUUUAUUACAAAAUGUGACAAGUUAUUACAAAAAAGUGGUGUUAAUACAGGCCUGCCAGCUGGUAUUAAAACAAGCCUGGACACAGCAAAAAGUGUUACAUGCGUGGUAAUUGUACAAAAGUGAUCAUGGCCAAAUAGGAGAUGGAAUAAUUACAGUGAGCAGCAAGCAGAGCAAAGCAGAGAGACAGUGCAAGGUUGAUUUUCUCAUUAGUCUGCCGCACCGCUCAGCCAGCAGGGGAAAGACGGACACUGUAAUUUAAUUUAAGAGUCUCAUUCCAAAACGAGAUAUCCACCAUUUGAAAUAAUGUCUACCUAGUCUUACAAAGCUGACUUGUUAUGAACGAAAAGCGCAUUAUGGGGUAUUAUUCGAGUUAUGAAUCACAUUAAAACCCACAUACAAAACAAAAGUUUCAGGGCAUAUAAAUCUCUCUCUUUUUUUUUUUUUUAACUACUAUAUCUCAGGUAGUUUUCCAAAGUGGAUAUGUGCAAAAUUGGAAUGAAACUCUGACAUUCUGUAAAAUGGGUGACCUAUGCCUUUAACUAAGAUCCCGUUCAACAGCACUUCAUCCGUCCUCUGCUUGUUUGAUUGUUUUCUCGGUUUGCUGUGUUUGUCGUUUUUUCAUGAACUCUGGGGAACAAUGCCGGU